AUGUUCAUGCUUGGAGGGGGUACUGUUUCUUGGAAAACAAAGAAAUAUGUGGUGGCAUUGUCCAUCAUGGAAGUAGAGUACGUGGCGUAUUGUUUGGCGGCCAAUGAGGCAAUUAAGAAGUUUCUUAAUCGACUUGAUUUUCACCCCGUACAUUGUGAAGCAGUAAGAUUAGAGAAGGUAAAUGUAAAGAGCAUAAGGAACAUAGCUAGGAAAUUGGGAACUGUUGUUUGCCUUGGAGGUGCUGUGGUUUUGAGAUUCAUCAAAGGCCCUUCCAUUGACUUCGUUAAACACCUCAAAACACCAAAAUUUCUCUAUGAUAUCUUAUUUCCUAAUUCCUCUGUUGUCUCAAAAAGUAACUGGACUUUGGGACUUAUUUUUCUUGUACUAAGUGAUGUUGGUUAUUUGACAUGGGCUUUCAAGGUUUACCCAGCUCCUUUAUCCUUGACCGUGAUGAUUCUAUUUGUGGGUACCAUUCAGACUGACAUUAUUGUUGUUAUAUUUGACAGCAUCAAGAAGAAGGGUCCCAUCUUUGCAUCUGCAUUUAGCCCUUUAUGCAUUGUAAUUGUUGCUGUCAUGGAGCCCAUUCUUCUUAAACUAGAUAUUUAUGUUGGAAGUAUUGUGAGAAUCGUUAUGGUGAUAUGUGGGCUCUAUUCUUUGUUCUGGGGCAAGGCCAAAGAUAAAGAGGAUGAAUCGCACUUUGAUGGAGUGAGCAAGAAGUAUGUUGACCCAUGCCAGAUUGGAGAAAGAGCUAUGGGUCGAAGCUGUGAUGAUGACUUGUUAUCUCAUCAGUUGAUCACUUUCGACGACUUUGGGGGAGAAAAAACCCCAAGAGUUUUGUAUGUUGAUGAUAUGCUUUUAGCAUGCAAGGAUAAGGCUAGGAUUGAUGAGCUCAAGGCAUCUUUAAGCAAGAGUUUUGAAAUGAAAGGAUCUCGAUCCGGCAAAGCAAAUACUUAG